AUGAACGCCCGCAGCGCUAUUCAGCCGUCAAACACACCCGCCGUAUUGUCCAUAUCCAUCUCAGCAUCUCGAAAACGACUUGUGACUGGUUUGAGUGAUGGCUUCCGAAUAUUCCGCAUGGACAACUGCCUGACAACAUGUCAGCCCAAAGUUUCUGAAGGAGUCUCCAUCGCGACUGCCCUGGAUGAUCGCUUCAGUGCGUAUGUAUCAACCCACAGGCAGCACGAUUUGGGUGGACCGAAUGUCGUGGUUUUCUACGAUUCCGUCUUUGACAAGGAGCUGAGUCGCUUUGAUCUUCACGAACCGAUACUCGGGUUGAGGUUGACGACAAAAUGGAUGGCCGUUGUUCUGGCGGAGCGGACUGUCCUCUUCCAAUAUCAAGAGAUUCCCUCUACCUCGCCAUCAACCGGUGACGUAGUAUUGCGGGCGCCAAAUAUCAUUCACAGUCUCCACCCAACGACUUCAAAUCCUUUCGCAUUGGCGUGUCUGUCAAACAACUUGCUAGUACUUCCUGCACAAACCGCAGGCCAGCUCCAGCUCAUUUCUCUAAAAGCGGACAACACAACUACCAAGCGGAUCAUCCGCGCACACAAUUCCACCUUGCGAUGCAUCUCACUGUCUCAAGACGGAUCUCUUGUUGCGACAGCUAGUGAGGUUGGAACACUGAUCCGCAUCUUUGGUACCAAAUCCGUUGACCAGGUCGCCGAGUUCCGUCGGGGGAUGGAUCACGCGAUUGUGUUCAAUCUCGCCUUCAGCCCAGGAAACCGCUGGGUAGCGGCCACCAGCGAUAAAGGAACUCUCCACCUAUUUGACCUCCGACCGACAACGCCCGCCUCAUCCACGGUGACGAAGGUAGAAUCCAAACAUCGUAAAACACCCUCAUACACCUACAAUACAGCAGGUCCAGGAGGACGUGUUGGAAACCCGGACCGCGAGUCCUCCAUGUCGGUCCAGUCAUCGAACAUGGGUCGGUCCUCUCCCUCCCACGGUUCCGUACAAGAGUAUUACGGCCUACGACCACCUCCUCUCUCAGCCGUCCCACCCGUACACUCCUCAACCUUCGCAUCCUCGUUCAAAUCCAGCUCUUUUGCCCCCAAGAUCUUCAAGGACUCCCGUUCUGCAGCUUCCGCGCCCUUUUAUAUGGGAGACGAGCAAGCGAAUUGGCAGACUGGUGGACCGGCGUACUCAUGGACUACGGCGCCGAAUGGAACGAGAAAAAGGAUAGCGAAUCCGGUGAUGGGGCUGCCGAAUGAGCCUAGCGGGAGGGCUGUGAAGGGCAUCAUGACUUUCGCUCCUUUGGAUGGAAAGACGGAGGUGGAGGAGAGUGCGGUGGUGUAUGUUAUUGGAGGAGGAGCAGAUGCGAGGUGGGAGAAGUUUGAGAUGAGAAGGGAUGCUGGUGGGGAGUGGAGAUUGGUGAAUUUGGGAUUCAGAAGGUUCUUGACUAGGCAGUUUGCUGAUUGA